AUGGGUCUUGCACUAUCAGAUUUGCAUACGCGUGGAUCGAGUUCAAAUUUCAAGGUUAGAAUCCUUGAUCUGGCUUCCGCCGUCAAUGAAUACAUCGUCAAAGAAAAGCCCCAGCAGCUUGGUCGGAAUCAAGACCAUGACAACAUCGUCAACGGGAUCACUAAACUCAUUGAUGAGCUAGAGACGCGGAGCUUCUCAGUUCCCUUACCACCGACCAAAAAUCAUUUCGGGCAAGAAAAGAAGAAUGUCUUCAAGGCCUGCAUCCAACAAUCGAAUGCCCCCGAUCCCAUUGCAUUGGCUGCAAAAGGCGCCAACAAUUUCUAUCGCCAGUGGGGUAUUCGCUUGCUGCCGGGGUGUUACUCCAAUCCUACUGACGAUGAUUCAUCCUCUAUCAUCAGGGGUAGCGUGCAGUCUGCUGCAGCACAGCCUACAACUCCAGUCAAGGAUUUUACUGGGUCCGACUUUGUCGUCGUGACUCCUCCUGAUCAAGACGGCUUCGACAAUGAUUCCUGUAGCGACCUAUUUGGCUAG